AUGGAUAUUCGUGUUAGGCUUCGACCAUGGUUGGAAAGUAGGCUAAAUGAUGGAUGGAUCGAAGGACUCAAGUGGAUUGAUAAGGAUAAAGGAAUUUUCAGAAUCCCUUGGAAGCACCAUAGUAAGCAUACAUGGACGGAAGAAGAUGCUGCUAUUUUCAAGGAUUGGGCUGUUGUUACAGGCCGUUAUCGUGAGGGCAUUGAUAUUCCUGACUGGCCAAUGUGGAAGACUCGACUGCGCUGUGCCCUUAAUAAGGCACCUGACAUCCAAGAAGUUAAGCAACGCCACAACCUUCACUGUGAAGAACCCUUCAAAGUGUACAGAUUCGUCAGCAAAACGGAAUCGUUAUGGCGUGCAAACGCAAUCAGGAAUGCUAGUAUGAUUUUUGAUGGCCUACCGGUGACCUGCAGAUUCACAUCCCCAAGUAGUCUGAAUACUAACUCUCAUGCUAGUCCUUCAUUCCAUCCGUCAAAGCGACAUGCGUUAAUUGUUCAGAAGUUGCCUGCACUUGGCUCCGGUUCUCGCCAAUUUACCUUGGUCCGCAGGGGUGAUGGUGUACUUAUGAAACAAUUACAAUCCAGUACUUAUCGUCCAGCUCAUGUACUGCAAGGUCAACAGCUCAAUCCUUACAGAAUUUGCCACAGUUCUGCAAACAGGGCCUCCAAUCAAAGUCUUAGAUGCUAUGGUGAACUCAAUGUAGAUAAUUAUCUUAGUAUGCAACCAUCAAGUUAUGUUGAUAGCCAAAUAACAAACAGCACAGCCAAUCUAACUGGUGCCGUUUCUCACUCUACUCGUUUUAUUCCUGGAGUUAGUCCAGUAAACCAGUUUGUUCAGUUGUUACCUGAUAUUAUGGAACCAGAAUACCACCAGCUAGCUGUACGCAUUCAGCAUUUAAGUGUGCGUGUAAGGGAUGCUAUAGUUACAAACCCAAAUGGAUGCUGUAUAUACUAUGGGAGAUUUGAUGAGAUCACCUCGCCUGCUGCUCCAGAUCCAAUUGAAGCACAAAUUCCACAUCAGAUUUCAGUAGCCAACAAAGCUUACGUUGACCUCCUAUUAGACAACAUGAUCAGAGGAAUCAUCUUGACGGUUGUCCACCGUAGUAUUUAUGCUGAAAGAAUAUGUAAAUGUGCUGUCUUUGUCUACAUACCAACGGGUAGUGGAGAAUACGUUUUGAUAAAAAAACUUGGGCGUCGGUUAAAAGAGAAGAUAUUUGACUAUGAUCAGUUUUUAUUUCACCUCGAGUCAUACCGUCAAAACCAGCUGUCACGCCCUCAUUUCGAGGUUAUCCUUGCAUUCGGCCAACAGUUAAAGCCUGGGAUAUCCACUGAUAGUUUGUUGAUAUGGUCUCGUGUCGCUAGUUGUCGUGCAUGGUUCCAAUUAAAUAAGGCUCAUUCUCUACCGUCAUCAAGUUACGAUGCCACUAGUCACAACGUAAGUUUAAAUAGUUCAGCGCGUACAUCUGUUUAUCAUCGAAGUAAUGAAAACUCAGAACAAGGAGAUUAUGUCGUUUCAAACCAUUUUCCUGGGAAUCAAACUGUAAAUGGAUGUAAUGGUUACAAUGAUAUCCAAGCAGUUGUAAAAACUGAGGAAAUAGAUCCUAUUAAUGAACACGUUUCUACAAUUAGUUUUGCAGACGCCUUAGAUCCAGAUAGUAUUGUCACAGAGCAGAUAAUCGAAGAAGGAGUUGAAGUUCCUUUGGAUGAUACUGAGGAUUUAACAUAUGGUGCCUCAAGUUCCGUGAUGCAAGAAAAUCUCAUAGUUUGUGAUUCAUCUCAAGAUGUUAGUUCAGUUCCUGUGUGUACUCCUAGUUCUUCAGUUAAUCAAGAUAUAUUUUUAAGCAGUGUCGACUCAAUUGAUUUGAAAUCUCAUAUACUCCCUUGUGUACAUGAUGGGAUUACAGUUAACUUCAGGUCACAUUCUAAAGAAUGA